AUGAAGGUUGAAACUGAUGAGAUCAUCGAUUGUUAUGAUAUUUAUAAACAACCGAAUCUUAAUCAUCCUUUGCUUUGUAAUCACACAAUACAGAUGGCACCAAGUUCGUACCCGAAAGGAAUGAAAUUGGAUAAUUUUGGGACAUUUCAACUUAAACAAACUUGGCAUAAGUAUGGAUUAUGUCCAAAAGGAACUAUUCCUAUUCGAAGGAAAGCAAAAAACUACGAUCCCAUACUUUUGCAUAAACAUAACCCUCUAAAAUUAUCACCUUAUAAGACUAAUUUCACAUUAUCGGACGACGUUAAUGGCGUCCAUUCUCAUGAGUACACAACUAUUGAGGUGGAGGGAUAUUUUCUAGGAUCACAAGCAAAAAUCAAUCUUUGGCAACCGGUUACCGAAAUAUACUGUGAAAUGAGUAUAUCCCUAGUUUGGGUUACAGCCGGUCUCGACGAUAAUGUCAACACUAUUGAAACUGGAUGGUGUUUCGGAGAUUACACGGUGACGAUUAUACCAGGUUUUUCAUAUACUGGACGGACCAAAGUAGUGGACACUGGUGGGUACAACUACAAGGUAUUUCGGUAG